AUGCAUUCAAUGGCACGGUCCACAGAUAUAUGUCCAUUGUGCGUGGCAAGUGAGAAUGGAUUGCUUGACGGUGGUGAUGAAGAUGGUGAAGUUACCUGGAUCCAAUGCACAAAAUGCAAUCAAUGGUUUCAUAUAAAGUGCUUAAAGAUACCUGAUUACGAAAUAGGCAACUUUGUCUCGUAUCAUUGUUCUAAAUGCAGCCAGACCCAAGGACCCUCUGUUUUGAAACGCAAAUCUAAAAGAUCAAGGAUAUCGAUUGACUAUGUGGCGCUAAACGAGGGAGAAACAAUUGCCAUAGACAAAUCCUCCCAUUUCCAGUUAUCCAAUUUCCUAGAGUUCAAAGGUUCGCCAGAUAUAAGCAUCCAAGACCAUCUUACCAAGGCAGAUGUGAUAAACUCCAAAAUUCUUAAGCCGGUUCUUAUCCCACAAGCAGACCUCUCCGUUGUCGGUAUGGAACUACCGCUAAAUCGAGAGGAUUUGACCGUUGAUUUUAUCACACAAUGCUGUGGUGAAGACAUGCCCGUGGAAGUAAUGGAUGUCAUUUCCCAGCAAAGUGUCUCGCCUGCGUGGAAAUUGAAUCAGUGGCGGAAAUAUUUCAAUACAGAUCCGCAGUAUAGAGACAGAAUACGCAACGUUAUAUCGCUAGAGAUUUCAAAAGUUGCAAAGUUGGGCACUGGUUUCAAGCGGCCGCAAAUGGUGCGCGAUAUGGAUAUUGUAGACAAGGUAUGGGACCCCAACGAUGACCAAGAAAGAAGCAAAGUGACCAAGUACUGUCUCAUGUCAGUGAAGGAUUGCUACACUGAUUUCCAUAUUGAUUUUGGUGGCACUUCUGUUUACUAUACUGUCCUAAAAGGUUGCAAAACCUUUUUAAUGUUUCCUCCAAGCGAUAUCAAUUUAGAACUAUACACCUCGUGGUGUUUGGAGCCUAAGCAAAACUUUAUUUGGUUUCCUGAGUAUUCUGUGAUAAAGAACAAAAAACGUGUUUUCCCCCUGGGAGGAUUCAAAAUUACUUUACAACCAGGUGAUUUAUUUAUAAUACCGAGCGGUUGGAUACAUAGUGUUCACACACCUCAAGACUCGGUCGUUUAUGGUGGCAACUAUCUAACGCUAAAAGAUAUGACAAUGCAGUUGAAAAUAUACGAUGUAGAGACGAAAACAAAGGUACCAGCUAAAUUCAGGUUCCCAAUGUUCAACAAAGUAAUUUGGUUGAGUGCCGCUUAUUAUUAUGCCCAUGAACAGGAGUUGUUAGAGGACGCCGGCUCAAAAGAAGUUGCCUUACAAGUCUUGAACUCGUGGAUAAAGCACCUCGAGCGACAUCAUGAGUUGAGUAAGAGCAAUCAAGUAGCAAAGAGAAGCAUUCCUAAACAAGUGGGAAACCCCUCCGAAUUUAUUUGCCAAUUGCAAGUUUGGAAAGACAAACUAUAG